GCACUUUAAACUUUUCUGCUCUCUGCUCACGAAUUAUAAGCGCGACGUUUACUCGAAAAUGUCUCACAUGAAUCGCUUGUUUGGCCGUUCCUUGGCCGCAACCUCGAGCUUCAGGAGUUUCGCCCAAAUUCCACAAGUUGCACAAAAGUCCGUCGAGGUUUCACAUAGAGGAGCUCAGAAUGAAGGAUUCAGAAGCUCGAUUAUGCACCAAUCAUGCAUUUCAGGAUCCCUCGUUAGCAGACUCAACGAGAAGGGCUGCUUGUCAAGUUUGUCACCAUAUUCUAACCGUUUUGGAGUUCGUUAUGAUGGUGGUAUUGCAACUUUGGGUGCCGCUGUUGCCCUCAUGUCAGUUGGUGGUGUCGCCCAGGGUAUUGGAAACCUCUUUGCUGCCCUCGUUUCUGGAACUGCAAGAAACCCAGCAAUAAAGGAAGAUCUCUUCACAUACACACUCAUUGGUAUGGGUUUCCUCGAGUUUUUGGGUAUCAUUUGCGUUCUCAUGUCCGCCAUUAUGAUGUACUCUUGAGCUAAAGAUCUAUACCCGAGUAGAUGUUCCAACGCACAAUCGCGUUGCUUUAAUAAGGUUUACGCUUACGCG